AUGCAGACUGCUUCUACAAACAUUUGUGAAAGAAUGGGUCGCUCUCAGGAGCUCAGUGACUCCAAGCGUGGUACCGUGAUAGGUUGCCACCUGUGCAAUAAGUCCAUCCGUGACAUUUCCUGGCUACUAAAUAUUCCACUGUCAACUGUUAGUAGUAAUAUAACAAAGUGGAAGCAACUGGGAACAACAGCAACUCAGCCACCCAGUGCGGGGUCAGCACAUGCUGAAGCGCACAGUGCACUGAAGUCGCCAACUGUCUGCAGAGUCAAUAGCUAAAAAAGCUCCAUACUUCAUGUGGCCUUCAGAUUAGCACAACAACAGUGCAUAGAGAGCUUCAUGGAAUGGGUUUUCAUGGCUGA